AUGUUCCGAAAGAAAGGUAAUUCAGAAUUUAAUGUGGAGAAUGAUUUCUUUCUCCCUCUGGAAUGUGAAUACGCUCCAACUCCACAAGAGAGUGUGACUUCAAAGAGGAAGUUAUGUAUAGUAAAAAAUUCAAAUUUUUUUCCUUUGAAUGAUACGUCAUACUCAUCGCAAAACAAUUCAAUAAAUGAUAAAAACAGCCAAUCAUCUUACGGUAGCAUGAAAACAGUUGGAAACAGCUACUCUAACCGCUCAAUUCCGGUAAAACUCAAUGAAACGAGAGGAGGAAGAUGGGACAGCAUACAUAAUGACAGCAUCUUCAAUUCGAACUGUCACCCCAAUAAUAAGAAUUACUCAUCACCGUUUCAUAAAAAUAUUCUGAGUAAGAACUAUAACGAUAAAGCAGAGUCCGACCUUUCAAAAAAUAAUAAAAAAUCCGAUACCCUCCGCCCUGGUACAGCAUGCUUUGUACUCAGUAUUGCAGACAAAGACGUCAUCGAAUUUAAUAUGGACAUUCAAGCGCCUUUUGUCGACUUACUUUCUGGCGUCACACUUGAAAAAUGUUCGUUGACGCUAAAUGAAAUAAAUAAAAAACUUUUUAAUACACUCUAUGAUUUUCGAGUAAGCAAACACAACCCCGAAGAAAACUUGAUUGAACUAAUACUUCCAAACUGUGUGGAUUUACUACACCUGUUUGAAGAAAUUGAAAUCCUUACCACUUCUUGUGAUGAGGUGUUUGAAAGAUCCACUUUUAUCAACACCAUUGAGUUCAUUGUGCACGAUAUUUGGGUGGAAACAUUAACAAGGAACCUGUGUUUAUUCCAUAUGUUGGAUGCAGAUUUAAAAUGUUGCAGAGAUAAAUAUAUAAUUUGCAAGUUGAAAGGUCGAUUUUCCUCGACGAACAUAAUGGGGAUACUAGAGAAUUUGAAACAUUUCCCCAGCUCCAUCUUGGAAACUUUUGAAUUCGGAAUUAAGCUAAAGGAACAAGAUCAGUGUAACAAUAGCAGCGCUAUCAUGAACUACGUUGUUUUCAACAGGACCUUUUGCACAAUUGUUCUGGAGAUUCAAAAAUGCUUCAUCAUGAUCGUCAAAUUCAUGCACUCCGUCGAUCUUCUACAAAAAUUUUCCACCGAUGUAUUUUUAUCAUUUAUCGAAACCUUGAUAAAAAUUGUCUUUGAACAUCAGAUUCCACAGCUGUUUUUGGGAAUCGAUGAGAUUAUUGAACUGUGGUUAAAGGACGAUGUCAUAGAACGCCGACAACUAUUGGGCGUAUGGUGCAGCGCAAUAGUCCGUGACUUGAAGAAAAAUCAAGCAACAGAUAUUUCGAAUACAGAAUCUGAAUCCAUCACUUCAAGUACAGAGGAUGAUGAAGACAGUCUUCAAUUCAAUAAAUGGGAUGUAAUUGCUCCGUUUAUUGAAAAUGUCAAGGCGCUGCAGCAACCAAAGCCCUGCACAUAA